UGGAUCACUCCAAUAUAUUGGUAGCACUCUGCGGCGGAGGGAUACAUCCGAGGUGAGGAUUUACAGAUUUACUCCUGUGUACACCUGUAUCACGGCUGGGGUCCACCCCUAUAUAUAGACCCCAUGGUCGCGAAACACGUUCUCUUUCAUUUUCUCGGUGGAUGUCCGUGUGGUUUGAGGUACAAACUUUCUGCGGUUUGCUCUGGUAAGUCACUGGUAAGUGUAAUAUAUUGCAUGGAAGUGCUCCACUCGCUGCACUCGUUUGAUCUGUAUCUUCUGCCCGUGGUUUGUCGUACUUGUUUCGUUAGCGUUACACUACGAUUCCGUAUGCAUCCAUUAUGUUUGCGGCAGCUCCCGCUGCCACAAACUGUAAUUUACCUUACACAACUUGCCCACUGGCUUGUUCUAUAUGUGUGUUGUGAAUUGCUUUAACAUGCUACUCCCUGUGCUGUAUGCGUGGAUUCUCUGCUAAUUACCCUGCAAGUUUCUUUUUCUUGUUCUUUCCCCUGCAGAGUGUAAGAGUAUUGUGGUGGGCUUUCCGCUACGUUGAGACAUUAACUUUGGAGUUCUUUAACGGAGUUACUCCAUCAUAUGAUGCUGUUUUUACUGCUUCGAUAUUAAACCAGCAAGAGGUACUGGGUAAUUUAUCACUCACCGGGUUCCUAUUCCRUCAAGCGGGUCACGACAUAAGCUCUCCCAGGGUGUCAUACCCCUGCUCCGUGGCCUUGUAGGCUUGGCUGAGCUUAUGGCUUCCCUUUGUGACAUGUGUGAUGGUGGCAUCCCCCUGGGGAUCCGCAUACCUUGUGUAUGCACUGCCUGGGUUUGAGUCACGCAGAGAGGGUGGUGGAGUGCCCUACUGGAUGCCUGUUUUUUAGGCCAUGUGUGAGUGGUUUGGCCAGGCUCAGGCUGGGGAAGAGCUCCCUCAGGAGUGGUGCGCCAGCGAGCUGUUAGUCCCUCUCCUGGGCACAGUACCCAUCCCAGGAAGCGUGGCCGGAGCCACCGCAGGCGGAGCCCAUCUGCUGCCAGUCCUGGAUGGGGGCAGUAGUUGGACCGCUGGGACUACCUUGAACGGAGGGCGCAUGCCCUGCGUCAGGAGAUUGAUAGGCUGUUCCUGGGGGAUGAUGCUGGCACUGUUCACCACCGUGAGCGGGGCUGCCAGGCCAUCAGAAGCCGGCAGCGGGGAUUCAUCGCCCCCAGCUGCUCGAGAGGCUAUGAGGAACCUACUCACUCGGGCAGCCACUGCACUGGACAUCAAACUAGUGGAUAGUGAUGACUUUCCAUCUCAGCUGAGUUCUGCGAGGCGUUGCAGAAGAGCUGGGCCUCUGUCAGGGGGUGCUUCCGACUCACAGCAGAGACUGGACCAUGGAGUUAUGUUUGCAGGCGCAGAGUCAUUUGGCCUCUGGGAGUACCCGAUCAUAGACACCAUGAUAGGUGCCAUGGUCCUCCCGCACCGGGAGAUUAUAGGAUGGAACCUGCGACUGAAGCCGGGACCCCCCAGAGUCUUUGAUGCGGACUUGAAAGCCACAUAUGGGUCCCUCUGCUUUCUUGGCUGCCCUACCAACUGCCUUACCAUGCAGCUGCAGGCCUACCUGCAUACUCUGUUUCCCCGGCUGCAGGAGGGCACAGAGAAGCUCCUCCGGUAAGCGAUGGAGGUGUCUCGCCUGCGUUCCCUGUUCCAGGAGGGAUGUGGCCCGUGCCGGGAUGUGGCCAUGUGGUUACCUCCCGUCGCCAUCUCUGGUUGGCCCAAUCCCGUCUGCCAGCUGCUCUCCAGAGCCACUCUCCAUCACCCCAGCACUUACGUUUGGCUUAGGGGUUGAUGACAUUCUGGAACAGACCAAUAAUGUUCGUAGGGAUCGGGAGACCCUGAGACGGUUUAUGCCGCCGCCUCAGGCCCGGGUCCAAGGCAGACGGACCGUCGCCUUGGACCCGGGAGAAGCGGCCGUGGGAGGAGGGUGUGGAGUCCCCCUGGGCGUUGUCCACAAUGCUUGAGGGGUACCGACUCCAAUUCCGGUGCCGGCCCCCGUCCUUCAGGGGCCUUCGUGUCACCACGGUCCGCAGGAUUGAGACAUCAGAACGGCUAGGUGGGUUCUACACUUAUUUUGUGGUCCCAAAAAGAGACAGAGGGUUUUGACCGAUUCUGGACCUCCGCAACCUCAAUGGGUAUUUGAAGGUACUGAGGUUCCACAUGCUGUCCCCAGACCGUGUGUUGCAGGCCGUGUCCAGGGACCAGUGGUUUGUUACGCUGGACCUGAGGGAUGCGUACUUCCAUGUUCCUGUUCACCCAGCUCAUUGGCAGUACCUCCGAUUCGCUUUCGAAUGGACGGCUUACGAAUUCAUGGUUCUUUCCUGCUGCAUCUCCUUGGCACCCCGCACUUUCACAAAGUGCAUGGACGCUGUCCUGGCACCUCUCACGUCCAGAGGAUUGUUAAUCCUUAAUUACCUGGACGAUUGGCUGAUUUGUGACCCGAACAGGACCCAGGUCCUGUCAGAGACAUGCUCCUGACCCACAUCGGCAGGCUGGGCAUUACUGUAAACAACAAGAAGAGUCGUCUGACUCGCACCCAGAGGGUGACCUUCAUUGGCAUGGAACUGGACUCCUGCCCACCAGAAGGGUUCAGGUGAUCUUAUCUUGCCUCGACCACUUUCGGCAGGGGCGGGUAGUGUCCGCCCUGACCUGCCAAUGCCUGUUGGGCUUGCUGAUGGUGGCCUCGUUGCUGAUUCCCCUGGGCCUGCUCCAUCUCCGGCCUCUUCAACAAUGGUUCAACUCUCACCGGCUGCACCCAAAGCGCCACCAUCGCCGCCAGCUGCGGGUGACCGCACAGUGCCUCAGGGCAUUGUUGAAGUGGCGCUGUCGCUCCGUUCUCUCAGGUAGGGUGGAGAUGCUGAGGAUGUGCAGCUGUUGGCUACCCCCUUGGAGUGGCAGGCACAUCAAUGCACUACAGCUAUACUGCUGGCCCUGUUGUCUUUCCUUCCACAUCUGAAGGGAUGACAUGUCCUGGUGAGAAUGGACAACACCACAGUGGUGGCUUACAUCAACCAUCAGGGUGGACUGAGGUCCCACCGUCGCCAUCUUAUGGCAUGGAGCUCCUUCUCUGGGAUCAGUGAUGUCUAGCGUCUCUAUGCGCAACGCACGUACCUGGCAUCCUGAAUGUGGCUGUGGAUAUGUUCUCGGGAGGGCCUGCCUCAUUGGGACUGGAGCCUACAUCCCCAAGUGGUGCCGCACCUGUGCGACAAGUUCGGGAGGGCACAGGUGGACCUGUUUGCCUCCCUGGACAAUGCAUACUGCCCCCUGUGGUACUCCAUGUCGGAGCCACCAAGGCCUCUGGGCAUGGAUGCUCUGGCUCACAAUUGGCCAGGGCUGGAGCUUUUACACAUUCCCCCCUUUUCCCCUGAUCCAGGCUGUGCUGGAUGGGACCAGGAUGGCGGAGAAUUGUCUGCUACUGUUGGCCCCAUACUAGCCCAGACAACCCUGGUUCAGCCUUCUUCUGUCCCUGUUGUUUGGGACACCUUGGCAACUUCCCCUGAGACACGACCUGCUGUCUCAGGCCGGGGAACUCUGUGGUAUCCGAGACCGUGGAUGGACAGGCCAGUGGGGCGCCAUCCCUUGGUCUCCAGGUUUAUGAAGUGUGUUCGUCGCCUGCGUCCAGCUAGGACCCGCUCAAUGCCGAGCUGGGAUCUGGAUCUGGAUGUGGUCUUGGCAGCUUUGGCAAAGCCGCCUUUCGACCUGUUGGGAGUCUGCCUCCCUGUAACACCUCUCUAUGAAGGUAUUUUUCUUGGUAGCGAUUACUUCCAUGAAGAGGGUGGGUGAGCUCCAUGCUCUAUCGGUAAGUUCUGAGUGCUACCGGAUGGACCCUGGUGGGAGGAGUAUAUCUCUCCGCCACAACCCUUCAGUACUCCCGAAGGUUCUUUCAGACAGGCAUGUGAACAUCCCUUUUAUCCUGUCUGCUUACGAACACACUAAGCGCAAACCAGAUGGGAUAUCAUUUGUUUUUCAACAGGACAAUGACCCAACACUCCUCCAGGCUGUGU